CAAAUAUCGCCAAUAUUUUCUCUUUUUCGUCCCUAGAAAAUCCCCCAAUAAAUAUACACAAUUUACUCCUCUUUCCACUUCACCAUAUCUCCUCUUUCCUGCUUAGAUAUUCUGUUUGUUCAAAUUUGAAGAGAUAUGGCUUACAGUGCUAGGUUGUUGUUGCUUUUGUCAAUGUUCUUGGUAUUGAUCACUUUCUCCAAUGUGGUUGAGGGUUAUAAGAAACUCCGUCCUGAAGAUUGUGAACCGAAGUGUACGUACAGAUGCUCAGCAACGUCACACAAAAAGCCAUGCUUAUUUUUCUGUAAAAAAUGCUGUGCAAAGUGCUUGUGUGUGCCUCCUGGAACUUAUGGCAACAAAGAAACAUGUCCUUGCUACAACAAUUGGAAGACUAAGGAAGGAGGUCCUAAAUGUCCUUAGACAUAUUGCAUAAAUCUUAAUUUCUUUGAUCUGUUUCUUUAGUAGUUAGACUUAAUUCUUAAUUAGGAUUAUAGAGACAAUUUUAAUUAUUCUAUUGUUACCUGAGACUCUUUGGUGAAUUUUUUCUUAGUAGCAAGACGAUUAUUAUGGUAAAAUAACAGACUGAUGAAGAAGUAUUAUCAUGUUCCAAUUUA